AAUAACGCCUAGUAGUGAAAAGGGAGGCGUAAAAAACGCAAAGCUGUUACUCCACUUGUUAUUGUUAGUGCGAGUUAAAAACAGGUAGGAGUCCCAAAACCCUAAUUAUCAUCGUCACUCUCACUCAUCAUCAUCUUCUUCUUCUUUUACGCAUCCCAAAUUUCCAACAACAACUGUUGCAGUUGUUCAUUGCGUCUUAACAACUUUUUCCGAUCUGCGGCCGCCGAUUGAUUGUGGUGAUUAUUUCCUGUUUACAAUUCUGCAUAAUAUUUAAAAGUAGUAGUAGUAUUCAAGUGAGCCGGGGACGAUAAGGCGCACAGUAAGGAAUCCUCGACCUUGAGGAUUGAUUGGAUUGAAUUGGAUUUGGGAUGGAGAAUAACUCAGGAGGAGGAGGAGGAGUUGGAGGAGGAGGAGGAGGAGGAGGAGGGAAUGACGUAGAGCUUCUGUGUAAGACUCUUCAGGUAGAACACAAGCUAUUCUACUUCGAUCUAAAAGAGAAUCCAAGAGGUCGAUACCUUAAGAUUUCUGAGAAAACAUCCGCAACUCGUUCUACCAUCAUCGUUCCUUCAAAUGGAAUUUCAUGGUUUUUGGAUCUCUUUAAUUACUAUGUUAAUUCUGACGAUCAGGAUAUUUUUAGCAAGGAGUUGCAGCUUGAUGCUAAGGUCUUUUACUUUGAUGUUGGCGAGAACAGAAGGGGCCGCUUCUUGAAGGUAUCUGAGGCUUCCAUGAGCAGAAACCGCAGUACUAUCAUCAUUCCUGCAGGAAGCACCAGAGAUGAAGGAUGGACAGCAUUUCGUAACAUCUUGGCUGAGAUUAAUGAAGCUCUUAGGCUUUUCAUCAUGUCCAAUCAGCAAAAUACUGAAGCUUCAGAACGACUUGUUGGGCUCUCUGACGAUGUUGGUGCUGGCUUUAUUGCUGGCCACAGCACUCAAUCUACACCUGCAACAGAAAUAAGUGUGGACAGGUCUACUGCUGACCUCCCUGUUCAGGAUGAAAUUAGUGGCAACUUGGGAGCUUCUAAAGUUAUCAGAGUUGACCAGAAGAGGUUUUUCUUUGACCUCGGUAACAACAACAGGGGGCACUUUUUGAGGAUAUCUGAGGUAGCUGGUCCUGAUCGUUCAUCCAUCAUUCUUCCAUUGUCUGGACUAAAACAAUUUUAUGAAAUGGUGGCACAUUUUGUGGACAUCAGUAAAGACAGAAUUGAAGGAAUGGCAAGUGCAAACGUCCGGACGGUGGAUCCUCCUCAAAGAUAAUUGCUCUUCUCAGGAUGAGUUGAUUUGAAUUGGGUUUCAGAAUGUCAAUGCUCCGUAGCAUAUUCUCGGUUGCAAUUUGUGAUCAAGUAGUGGUAAUUUGGUACUCAGAUGUUCUGUUACAUUUUUUUUUAAUCUUAGCUUUUCCCUGUUGUAUUUUGAUCCUGACAAUAAUAUUUGUCCGACUGUUGCAUUAAGCAAAGAAAAUUUGCUUUUAUUGGCGAGGUAUAUUCAUAUUGGGAAUAACAAAAUUAUUUUCCAUUUCUGUA